GGCGCGGUGGCCAUAGAGUGGCGCGAGCAGAUAGAGGAGCCAGAAGCUCCAGCCGCUCCGUGCCCCGCUUCCGGCAGCGCCUCGGUGCUCUGGGAGCGGCCGCGUACGCAGUUUCCAUGGGGACUGAAGAUGGCGCCGCGAGCCGGAGCAGUUGACUUGAAAGUGAUUCCUGGAAGGGGAAAAAGCCGGAGGGACGGCCACCCCCUCCACACCACAGCGUCCGUGAAUUCGUCCCGGGGGCCAGCCCAUUCGCCAUCGCCAGAUGAAACACAACCAGACAAGUAGAGCUCCAGCUGUCCUCAUGCUCAUACUGUUUUUUCAGAUAAACGGUUGUCCUCAACCCCCCUGGAAAUACUGUUUUUUCUGAACUGUUGGUAUUAUGCUACCUAUUUCCUGCUGGAACUCUUCAUUUUCCUGUAUAAAGGUCUCCUGUUGCCAUACCCAACAGCCAACCUAGUCCUGGAUGUGGUGAUGCUCCUCCUUUAUCUUGGCAUUGAAGUAAUACGACUAUUUUUUGGUACAAAGGGAAACCUCUGCCAGCGAAAGAUGCCUCUUGGCAUUAGUGUGGCUUUGACCUUCCCAUCUGCCAUGAUGGCUUCCUAUUACCUGCUGCUGCAGACCUAUGUGCUCCGCCUAGAGGCCAUCAUGAACAGUAUCUUGCUCUUCUUUUGUGGCUUGGAGCUGCUGCUUGAGGUGCUCACACUGGCCACCUUCUCCAGUGUGGACAGGAUUUGAAGUACAAGAUAUCCAGCCCACCAGGGUGACAACACACAUCCUUCUGAUACCUUGGCCACAUCUGUGAAGUAGUGGGCCAAGGUGGCCUGGGAAAGGCUGUGUAGCUUUUCCUCAGCACAGGCAUUUGGGUAGUCAGCCUGCCUGAGGUCAGUGGCCCCAUCUUUAGACCAGGCCCACCAGUAAGAGACUCCUGUAUUUCAGAGUAGGGAAAGGCAAGGCUGUUCCCAUCUUGGUUCUCCUACCAGCUUUCUGACUACCAUAAGUUCUCUUUGAUCGUCGUGGCCAGAGCACCUUGUGUGGACCAUCUAGGCUUCUUCUUGGGCUUCCAGCAGGAUCGGAACCACAGCACUCUAUACAUACUGUGCCAUACAUCUACCCCCACAUGCUUACAGAAAGCCUUGUGGGAGGUGGGUUCCUGGACCAACUCAGAAGCCUCCCUUCCCACCCUAUUGUUCAGAGAUGGCAGUCUCUACCCUUUUAGUAGUUCAUAGUAUUAUUUUUUUAUUCUGAUCAUGAAAUACUUUAUAAUAAAUAUGUAUUUUCUGUUGUGGGGCUGA